CGUGUCUGAGUGUGUUUGUGUGUUUGUGUGUCCUUUCCUUUUCCUAUUUCUUAAAUCUUUUAUUUUUUGCGUAUUUUUAUAACCAUUUUAGCAUUUUUGUAAAUUAAAUCAACAUCUAUACACUUUGUCAUUGUAUCUCCACUACGACUCGUACAAUCUUUAUACAGUAAAAAGGUCAACAAAUCGACAACCCAGGCAAUGAUGACAGAAAAGACGAAUGCACCGAAAAUUAUUGGUGAAUAUAUCAUGUCCUCUACCAUCGGUCAUGGAUCAACAGGGCGAGUGAAGCUUGGAAUUCAUCAGUCAACUGGCUUGAAAGUAGCGAUAAAGAUCAUACCCCGUAUUCAACUGCAUUCAUCGAUAAGAAUUACUCAAGCUGUCGAAAGAGAAUUAGCCGUAUUACAACUAUUACAUCAUCCCAACCUGAUCAACCUCUAUCAAGUCUUGCAAGACGAGCAGAAUAUCUACUUUAUAACUGAAUAUGUGCCGGGGGGAGAGCUGUAUUACUUAUUAAGUGAACGGCAUGACCGUCGAUUAUCUGAAUUGGAAGCCAAAGAUAUCUUUAGUCAAAUAGCGAGUGCCUUAGCAUGGUGUCACUCUCGGCAUAUAUGUCAUAGAGAUCUCAAGCCAGAAAAUAUACUCUUGGAUAGUGACAAAAAACAUAUCAAGAUUGCUGAUUUUGGAAUGGCUAUUAUGCAGCCAACUACAAAAUUAUUAAAAACAAGCUGCGGUUCUCCGCAUUACGCUAGUCCUGAAAUUGUCAGGGGAAUUCCAUAUUAUGGUCCAUCGGCUGACGUGUGGUCCGCUGGUGUAAUCUUGUACAUCCUAUUGACCGGAAAGUUACCAUUUGAUGAUCGUCACGUUGGAAGACUAUUAGCAAAAAUUAAAACAGGUCGUUUCAGACAAUUACCAGAUUGGGUAUCAUCGGCAGCAAAGGAUCUUAUCUAUAGGAUGUUAAAUAUUGAUCCAAACAAGCGAAUUAAUUUUAAUGACGUGUUAAACCAUCCUUGGUUGUUGUCUCAUCCUUUACCAACAACCCUGAAUUCAACUGCAGUACCAACCACUGUUUUGAGCAGUCUCCAUACCAAUACCAACAGUACACUAUUGAAAGGAAGCGAUUUCAUGUGUAGCAGUACACCUUCCAGCCGAAUGCUUUCGAUACAUUCUUUUUCGUUCCGUUGCAAUCCAUGGCACGACGAGCAGUUGAAAUCACCACUCAUAAAGAGCCCAAAUGAACUCGAUGGACCGACAAAAGAGACCCUCAAAGUAUUAUGGCGAGACUUAAGUCAUGACCAAAUAGUAACUGCAUUGAUGGAAAAAAGUCCAAACAUUCAAAAACUCACUUUCCAAUUAUUACAACAGAGACAAGAAAGACACUUACUUAUGAUGGAAAGAUCAAUGAAACUGCAGCAAGAGCAACAGAAUUUCAAGAAAUACACUAUUUGUGAUACAACACAUCAUCGACAACUUAAAAGAUGCAGUUAUGAUUCAACAGCCACAGCGACCUCUAGUUGUGAGACAAACAAUUAUUAUCAUCAUCAUCAUCAUCAUCAACAACAUCAUUAUGACAGCAACAGUCCGCCAACGCCGUUCAAUUUAGAAGAAGAAGGCUCCUCUUCAAAUCACAGUAGUAGUGGCAGUGUUUAUACCAACAAGAGUUCGAUCAUCAUGCCAUCCUCCUCCUCAUCCACCACAACAAGUGCCACCCUUAUUGACGUCUUGCCUCAAUUACAGUCGAAUCACAACACCCACCAUAACAACAACUCAAAGAGAGCCAUGCUAAUGAUGAUGAUGAACGAUUGCUGCACUGUUCAACCCCCUUUGUCUAUCGUUCAACAAUUGAUCAAACACCAUUACUCGGUACCUGCUCUUAUCCAAUCUCUUUCCCCUAAAAACCCGUCCCUACAACACACAACUUAUCUCACAACCACUUCUACUCGCGCUUCUUCCUUUGAAGACGGACACACCACUUCAGGGAAUUUAUUACUAACAGCACUAUUCAACAACAGUACGAAUACACGUGAUUUUGAAAAGACAACAACACCCACAUUAUCUACAUUGCGCUACUUUAAACGUUGCAUGCUACAUCAUAAAUCAUCGCUCACCAACUACUUCAUGUCUGUCAGCAGUAGCAGCAGCCGUCUAGCGAAACUCAUCUCUACCUUCACGACGACAUCCGACCGUUAUUUUGGUAAAAAGAAGAAUAAACGACGAAACACAUCUUCACACAAUAAAGAAUUAUCCAUACAAUAUCCCGCAAAAACAGAAUACGUUGCUGCAGGGAAACUGCAUUACAUUCUUUCAGAGCAUCUUAAAGGAGAUAUGAGUGGAUGUAUGUAUCCUGAUGGCAAAAUCUUGUGGUCUGGUAGGAUAGGUAAAGAGAAAGCUCAGUGACAUUUUAUAUAUGUGUAUACAUAUGUCGUAUGUACGUAUGCGUCCCGAGAUUUAAUGCUUUUUUCCCCUUACUUCUCAAUUAAUACAUAGGUAGUUCUCCUGUACUAAUACCAACCACAACUACAGCAAAUGAUCAGCAUCCAUAUCAUCUUCAUCAUCAUUGUAGUUCUCAUGAUAGCAGCAGCGGCAGCAAUACAGCAACCAAUCGUAUCGCUACAACAACCGCUAGUUUCCUUUGUAGAAUUAAAAAAAUCAACGAAGCCAUGCAUAAAAUUACAUUUAUUACUCAUCAAUCCGAUAUUUCCUUCUUGAACCAAAUGAUUCAUUUGUUAUCCUUGUACGAAUUGGAAUCAACUUAUGUCAUGAAGAUAAAUGGUUGGACUUGAGUAUUUUUU